AUGGGGAAAAAGACCAAGCUUUCGACCCUAAAUGUAUCUGCUAGCAUUACAGAACAAGUGGCCAUCAAUGAGGAAAAUGAUUCCGCGAAUACGGACGUUGAAGUGCCGAACAAGAUAGCAAAGGCGACCGAAGAUAAACUAAUAUCCGCUGGGACUACGAUUGACCAAAUAGUGGGUAUCAAUUUGAAGAAGAAAAAAGGAAAACGAGAGAAAAAACGUGAAAAGCACACCGUAUUGCUCGAGGAACAGAGAAAAAAAUCGAAGGAAAAAGAAAAGCAAGAUAUUCAUCAAUACCUCGAGUGCUGGAGCACGAACCGUGAGCAAUGGAAAUUCCAUAAGUUAAAACAGAUUUUUAUCCAAGAUCACGCAUUUGAUGAGGCUAAAAUCAACGCCGAAAUUUGGCCUAUUGCUCUAGAAUAUCUAAGCGGAACGAAGGGAUCCAGCAAAGAUAUUCUGGCCAAGAAAGCGGAAAGCAUCAUCCGGGAGGGUGAUGCUGCUGCAGCUGCCAAUGCUGACGAUGAUUUGCAAUCUUCCAACAAGUACGAACGAGCGAGGGAGCUGUUACAGUGUUUGGGAUGAACAGUCACGGAAUAUGAAUAUAUUUUAAAAUUUUUGUUCACACUUUACGGC